AUGUCGCACGUUUAUUCAGGUCGACAUAACCAGGAAAAGAUAUCUUAUCAGAGACCGCUACCUCAGUUUGACUUCAACAGUCGAGUGAAAUUACCCCCAAUUAUCAAGAACGAAUUGCUAACCGGCGGCGAAAGAAGACGAAAAACUUCAACACGUCAAUCUUUGUCGAAAACCAAUUCCCCGAACGCGAGUUUUCCGCUGAUCAUUGAAACUCAGCCGCACAGGAAUCGGAAUCAGAAUGGAUAUUCAUCGCAGCAAAGGAGAGCUCCUGUACUUAAAGCAAGAAUUAACCAUGUGGAAAAGAGUCCCAUUCACUUCCCAAACUCUUAUACUGUCCUGCCUCCCAUUGGGCAAACUCGACAAUCGCCGUAUUCCACGUUCAAUUCAACGUUGCCGACAUCUUCAGGAAAUAGCAAGAAAGGUCCUAAAAUCGUCUCAAAGGAAGUUCCCUCACAGAGUAAACGCUCAGACGAUGGUGCGCGAACUGUUAGAAAUGACGACAAGCGACAUAAUGAAAUUAUUAAGAGCAUACCGAACACACAGAUUAAGCCUGUUUCAAAGUCGCAUGAACACUCAUUUUCUCAGCCUGAAAAUCUACACCAGUACCUGAAAAGCGUUAAAAGCGGUGGUGAACCCGUUCCUGGCAUUUCUGAUGAAGACAUUCAAGUGUCUGAAUGCAACCCAAAUCAUGAGCUGGAAAGAUUAGAACUAAGCAAGGAAGUCGAAGAGUUUCUUGAUAGCAAGAGCAGCCAAAGACGAGGUGCAAAAUGUAUUGAAAUAGACCCAUCGCUCAAGACGGCAGUAGACGUGAUUCGGGAUAAUCUACUUCGACAGACUAUGGAAGAACUGUGCAUGAUGUGGUAG